AUGGACGAGUAUGGCGGGCCGGCGGCGCCGCCCCGGCCGCCCAAGCCGGCGGCGCGCGUGCACCGUACGGGCGCCGCCAGCUCCGCGCGCCAGCCUGUGUCGCUGUUGCGGCCGCGGCCCCAAGCGGAGCGCGAGCGGAAUGCCUACGUCGAGGCCCCGCGUCGCGCGCCGCCGACCCCGCGAGCCCACGCUGCAGCCGCGCAGCCGCUAAAACCGGUGACGGCGCAGCCGGCCGCCGCCGCGGAUAAGCGUCGCGCUGCCGCGCUCGCCGCCGAUUCCAUAGUGUGCGAGAAUUGUGGCCGCUGCCGCUGCGAGCAGUGUGCGCGGCCGCGGCCUCUGCCUCAACGAUGGCUGUGCGGCUCGUGCCUAUGCAGCGCAGAGGCGUGCGUGGACUACGCGUCGUGUAUGUGCUGCGCUAAAGCGCUGUUCUACCACUGCGGGAGCGGCGAGGGCGAAGCGGAGCCGUGUGCGGGCGGCGCUCGGCUGGCGUGUGUGGCGGCACUUUCGGUGCCGCUGCCGUGCCUGUGGCUUUACUGGCCUCUCCGUGCGCUUGCGGCGGCGGGCGCGGCGGCCUACGCGCGCUGUCGCCGCUCCGGCUGCCGCUGCCCCGAGCGGCCGCCGCUCUCCAGUAUUAUCUAG